UUCAAACGAAAAUCGACCCGGGGAAGCGAAGGGGCCACCGACUGGAGUACGGAUGCUUUCCACGCAAUCUGUCUAACUCACAGCCCGGGAGAAGAUCGCUCAUAACUUUCGGUCGUAACUUUUCAGACUCUGCUCUGUGAGUUUAAUCGACUCGAGGAAGAAAAAAAAACUGACAAGUUGGCACGGAAACCGUGAGCAACUGGUGGCGGUAUGACUUCGCUAGCUGGCUAAUCUAAAUUUGUCUGAUCAAGUGUAGUUUCAUCCGAGAGAGGAGUGACAUUUUGGGCAUGCGAACAGAGGAUGUUUCAUCUUGAUAAGCCAAAACAAACUUUGCCAUUCUACUUCAGCGAUUGCAGGAAACUGACAUUUCUUGUGAAUCUGCAACCACUUUAGCGAGAUACUUUUGAGGCUAGCGAGCUAGCUAUCUGACGUUGGACGUCUGUUGAGCCAGCUAGGUAGAAUAGCCAGUUAGCUAGAUAAGUGGAGGAAAAUAUCUAGGUGGACACCUAGUUGGUUACGUGUCGUCCUUAUUACCAGUAUAGCAAGCAAAACGGCAGAAGUGCAACGGUUCACCGGGGAAAACAACACUAGCUGCUAAUUACGAGUCAGGUUGGUCCAAAUCUCUUUGUGUGUAGUACUGAACUAGCUAGCCUCUUGACAUUAGCCCGUUAAGUUGCUCUUAAGAGAAGGGCCAGCUCGCUAUAUAGCUGGAUCUCACACCGGUGCGAUGAUGUCCCGGAGGCGGUUGGAUAGCCGCAGUUGCCCCACGGGGCUUUUCGGGGAAAUUCAGACCCCAAUAAGGACCGAGCCCCUGGACAGCUUGUACGAGAUCACCAGCGAACUGGGCAGGGGAAAGUUCGCAGUGGUGAAGAAGUGCGUGGAGAAGGCCACCGGGAAGGAGUUUGCCGCCAAGUUCCUGCGGAAGCGGCGGCGCGGACGGGACUGCCGGGCGGAGAUCGUGCACGAGAUGGCAGUGCUGGAGGCCGCCCGCAACAACCCGCGGGUGGUCAAUCUGCACGCUGCGUUCGAGACCGACCACGACAUCGUCCUGCUGCUGGAGUAUGCGGCAGGGGGAGAGAUAUUCGAUCACUGCGUCUCGGAGGAGCCGUUGCCAGAGCGACAGAUUACCCGUCUGAUCCGCCAGAUGCUGGAAGGCGUUCACCUGCUGCACCAGAGCAGUGUGGUGCACCUGGACCUCAAGCCUCAGAACAUCCUCCUCACCAGCCUGUCCCCGCUGGGUGACAUCAAGAUCGUGGACUUCGGGCUGGCGCGCAAGCUGGGCACGGCGGGAGAGCUGAGGGAGAUCCUGGGCACGCCUGAGUACGUGGCCCCCGAGAUCCUGAACUAUGAGCCCAUUACCACAGCGACGGACCUAUGGAGUGUGGGGGUGAUCGCCUACAUGCUGGUGGCCGGGGAGUCACCCUUUGUGGGAGAGGACAAACAGGAGACCUUCCUGAAUGUGUCCCAGGUCAACGUGGAUUACUGCCGUGACGCCUUCUCCCAGGUGUCCGAGCUGGCUGUCGACUUCAUCCGCAAGCUGCUCGUCAAGGCGCCCGAGGACCGGCCCAGUGCAGCUGACUGCCUGUCCCACCCCUGGCUGUGGCAGCUGGGCCCAGAGACAGACCCCCCUGUGUUCCGCCCACAGCGGGAGAGGAGCAUGGGAAAGUGGGCGGUCCCGCCGGAGGACUGCGAGGACAAGGAGAACUUCCUGGACUCGCCGUAUGGGAAACGGUCCCGCCUGGAGGACGCAGUGUUCGAGGGCGCCCCCUGAUGGACAGAGUGGUAAAAUAAGGCAGCGGGCUCGGUCUCGGUCUCGCUUUGAAGACUUUUCUAAAUUAAGUAUUGCAAGUAUUGCAUGCUGGGAAGCCCUGUGCCUUGUCCGUCCGUCCUUCUGUCCAGGGUGCGGGCGGAUCGUCUGCCAUCUGGCAGCUCUUCCUGUCACGUUCUGUGAAGGUGUUCAGCUAAACCAAAGAAAAUGGUGUCUUCACUGAUUGAAAACUGUCCACUUUAAUAUCAAAAGGAAUCAUCUUCUGUGUUAGAAGUUGACUUUUGUUUUUUGUGUAUUAAUUAUGCAUAGGUUUAAGGUAAUUGCUUCCAUUUACUUUCCAAGAAGCGCUUGCUAUUGUAUUCAAGUUAUAUAUAUUUUUGUCCUUAAUGUUGGUUGAAUCUCACUUGUGUAUUAUUGAAAAUUGAAGGCCAUAAGUCUUGAGUGAAGAACAGUUGGUAAUCUGAGUCUCCUGGCUGCCAAAGUACUUAUCCAGCUGUGGUCCUGGGGGGGGGGUUUGCCUGAUAGGAUUUUUUCUCAUCAGGGUGUGGCCUAUUGCAAAGUCCCCCCCUGAGGUCACACAGAAGGUCAACCUUGCCCAUCAUAAAAUCUGUGUGCGCAUAUAUAUAUAUAUAUAUAUAUAUAUAUAUAUAUAUAUAUAUAUAUAUAUAUGAGCUCUCUCCUGGCGAAGGAGUUUACAAAACAAGCCAAACUGUUUUUCCUGUUUCCAGUGCUGUGUGCCGUUCCUGCACAAGCUGGUUGUACUGUGCGAAUGUCCCUCUGAAGGUGACAUUGACGCCAGGUCAGCCUGGAGAAGGGUCCAAAUUAAUGGUCAAGUGAGCUCUUUUCUUACCAAGUGGCACAUUGGGUCUGGGCAUUUGAUUGACUGAUUUAUUUUGUCCUACCCCAUUUUGUAACCCCUUCAUAAAGGUUAUGGGGUUCCCCUUGGGACCUCUGUAGAAGAGGAGGUUGUUUAAUUUAAUAAGUUUAGUCCUAUGUAUCCAAUCAGCUCUUAACUUUUCCCAACUGGAAGAGAUUUGUGUUUGUUUAAUGUAUUGCCUGAGCAUAUAUGUCUGAUCCAUUCUUUUAAAAGUUGUAUUUUAAAAGUGCAUUAAUCUUAUAUUUUAAUGUAAUGUAAUAUAAAUGUGUUUUAAAUAGAUGUGCCAUGCGUUAAAUCAGGCCAGUAUUGGAGGCUAUCCCGCCAAAAAGGGGAGUAAAAUCACAGCAGGAGGUGUGCACGGGGAGGGAGGCACAGCAUUGGGCAUUGUUAUGGUGCCCCAUGCCCAAACCCUCUGCUAGUGCUGACGCUCUGUCGCUAACGGUCUCUUCAGCCGUCUACGCUCGUUCACAGAUGGACUGCCCCUGUCAGGGCUUGGCUGCUCCCCUGGCAGUCCUGCUGCAGUGAACGUUACAGAUGUUCCCUUUAGGACACCUGUGUGCUCACUGUGUCUAGACACCGGGGUUAGAGAGGUUUCAGCCUUUCAGCUGAGAGCCUUUCCCCCAGCAGCACUACACGCCGAUCCCCCCCCCCGGGAGUCACACUCCCAGACAUUCCAUUUAGGUUUCAGGGUGGCGCUGGGACGACGGGGGAGAGAUCCCUCUGGCGACGCUACAUUCCAGACCCAGCCUUUUGUUUCAUGUCUCCUCUCACCCUCUCCCUGCUGGACAGGUAUUGAUUAACCGGUAGUCAGAGAAUGCGAUCCAUUGUGUUAUGUGUGACGCCUAAAAGAAAAGCGCAGGAUUGUUUAUCCGCUCUUAAAAAGCAGCCCUACAAUUUUAUGGGGACUCCUCAGGUUUCUCUGAAAUACCCUACCAUCUACACUGACGCAAGGAGAGCACUGUGUGCCACACCUGGGCCCCAGUGAAGCAGGGUGCAGCCUCAGAACACCUUGUAUCGAAAAAGGCCUGUGAAUUUCUGGCGCUGCCCUCCUUCCGUAGUCUUGUCUAAAUGCCCAGAAUGGAGUUCUUCUGAAGUGUUUUUUUUUUUUUUUUUUUUUUUUGCGUGGUAAUACAAGACAAAACUAGUUUUCUGUUUCUCAUCAGCUGUACUACACCCUCCCUUAAAGAAGGCACAGCAGCUAGGUUGGUGUUAAUGGCAGAUUUUGUGCCACAUUGAAGCGUUCAGCUUUUUUAUCAGCCUAAUUUCUACAUUUCCUGGGACUGGAGGUUAACUGUAUGAAAAUGACCCUUUAGUGUUGUGAGAAACAUGCUGUUUCACAGUUUACACACCACACCCACAUUACAAAUGUGUUUUUGUAAUUCACAGUUUUUUUCCUCCAUUAUUGUGAAAUUUCCUCUUGCAGUCGCUCUAACUUUCUGAUUAAAAGUGACCAAAGCACUUUUGAGCCUCCCCUCCCCUAUGUCCUUAGCCCGUCCCCCAACUUAGUGAUGUCACAAUGUUCUUCUUGUCCAAUGAAAGCAUGAGAACAUAAAAAAAGCAUGAUAUGGAAAUAAACAAGAGGAAGUUAUUGGUGAGAAGAGAUGUGAAAGAGUCUUAGAUGUCCAGAUCAGCCAUGUCAUUCCAUAUGUGCUGUAUGUGCCAUUCUAUAUGUCUGAUGCUCAAAGGUUGAGCCUGUUGGACGGUGGUCAGGAUCAGUUGUGAGUUUUCCUGCUCUCAUUGGAUCAGACCACCUCAUGCAUUGGGGGACCUAAAAGAAUGAGAGGGUGGGGAGUGGGCAGGGUUGUUGGCUGAAAGUAGGCCAGAGGGUGCUCCUGAGGGGUGUGUCCAUGCUGUUGGCGGAGGGUCUCCCUGGCAUUUCUUUACAGCCUCUUCUGUUAUGUUCCAACUCCCUCCCUCUCUUUCUCUCUCUCUCUCUCUCUCUCUCUCUCUCUC